UGCGCAAGUGACGUGUAAACUGCUUUCGUCCGCACCAUAUAGUAAUUUCCUUCACGGAAAUCCAAAAAAGCUCAAAAUGAGCUUCAAACGAGACAAAAAGGAGGAAGAGGACAGCGGCGGGAAUCCUUACCAGAACUUGGAUAAAACAAUAAUCCUGCAAGAAGCGAGAUAUUUCAAUCAAUCGCCUGUAAACCCACGAAAAUGUUCCCUUAUUUUGACGAAAAUCCUGUAUUUACUGAACCAAGGGGAGCAGAAGUUCACUACACAGGAAGCUACAGAGGCAUUCUUCGCUACAACAAAGCUGUUUCAGUCCAAAGAUGUGAUGUUGCGGCGUAUGGUGUACCUGUGUAUCAAGGAGUUGAGUACGUUGGCCCAAGAUGUGAUUAUAGUGACUUCUUCGCUGACCAAAGACAUGACAGGGAAGGAGGAUCUGUACCGAGCGGCUGCUAUAAGAGCCUUGUGCAGUAUAACUGACAGUACGAUGCUGCAAGCCAUCGAGAGGUAUAUGAAACAAGCUAUUGUUGAUAAGAACUCCGCCGUCAGUUCUGCGGCCCUGGUUUCCGCUCUACAUCUGUCGUCGACGGCUCCCGACUUAGUCCGCCGAUGGGCUAACGAAGCUCAGGAAGCCAUCAGCUCAGAGAACGCGAUGGUCUCCUACCACGCGCUGGGUGUCGUCGCUGGAUCCAGAAGGAACGACAAGCUGUCUACUGUGAAACUAGUCACUCGGUUAGCUAGGGCUCCCCUAAAGUCCCCCUACGCUUUAUGCCUCUUAAUCCGUUUGGCAGCUCAACUGGUAGAAGAUGACGAUUCUGAUGCAGCACAACCCUACAUCGAGUUUAUUGAGUGUUGUUUGCGCCAUAAGUCAGAAAUGGUGAUCUAUGAAGCAGCUCAUGCGAUUGUUAACUUAAGGAAGACAGCUAGAGACCUAGCGCCUGCUGUCUCAGUCUUGCAACUCUUCUGUGGGUCUUCUAAGGCGUCUCUGAGGCUCGCUGGAGCAAGAACCCUCGCCAGGUUGACAGCUAAACAUCCGACUGCAGUGGCAGCCUGCGCCGUUGAUCUUGAGAAUCUCAUUUCUGAUCCGAAUCGCUCCGUGGCCACUCUAGCGGUAACCACGUUGCUUGCGACGGGCGCUGAGAGUUCGGUCGACAGACUAAUGAAACAGAUAUCAAGUUUUGUCUCCGAAAUAUCGGAUGAAUUCAAAAUUGUCGUCGUCCGAGCUAUCCGGCGUUUGUGCACGAAGUUCCCGAGGAAGCAUCAGUCGUUGGCUGCCUUCUUAGCUGGUAUGUUACGCGAUGAAGGUGGUUUAGAGUACAAGGCGGCCAUCGCCGAUGCCAUCAUCGCUUUAGUCGAGGAAAACGCUGAAGCGAAGGAGACAGGUCUUGCUCAUCUAUGCGAAUUCAUUGAGGAUUGUGAGCACACGGCUUUGGCUGUCCGUAUCCUGCAUUUGUUAGGACGAGAAGGUCCAAAAUCCCGUCAACCGUCUAGGUACAUACGGUUUAUUUAUAACAGAGUGAUUUUGGAGUCUGGCCCUGUUCGCGCGGCUGCUGUCUCCGCCGUGGCGCAGUUUGGGGCUCAAAGGCCGGAGCUCUUGCCAAACAUCAGCGUGCUGCUCGCUCGAUGCCAACUUGAUGAGGAAGAUGAGGUCAGGGACAGAGCGAUCUACUACAGCGCGAUCCUGGACACCGGAGACCAGCAGCUGAUAAACGACUAUAUCGUCAACGUACCGAAACCAAACCCAGUUUUGUUGGAAAAGGCUUUAAGAGACCAUCUGGCUACAACGCCUGAUGAUCCUUUCAACUUACUAUCAGUUCCUGCAGAAGAAGAGGCUAAGGAAAGCAAGGAACCGAUCGUCGAAAUCGAAAUCCGUAAACCAGUACAGAUGUCCAUCGAGGAGAUAUACGGCGAACAGCUAGCAAAGAUACCAGGGAUCGAGAGACUGGGGGCUCUGUUCAAGACGAAUUUGCCAAUCGAUCUGACUGAAGCCGAGACGGAGUACAGGGUGCGUUUAAUCAAGCACAUUUACGCUAGGCACGUGAUUUUCCAGUUCGAAUGUGUAAACACCCUUAGCGAUCAGCUGUUAGAACAUGUCUGCGUUAAACUUGAAGUGCCAGGCGAAUAUGAGGUUAAGACCGUGGUGCCUUGCGAGAAAUUGGUCUAUGACAAACCUGGAAGCGUAUUCCUGGUUGUCGAGUACCCUUGCGUCUUCCUCGACAGUCUUGCAACCUUCGGAGCCACUUUAGAGUUCCUGGUGCGCGAUUGUGACCCCACCACGGGUAUACCAGACCCAGGAGAAGGGUAUUCAGACUCCUAUCCUUUGGAGGAGUUUGAAAUGACUUGUGCGGAUCAGAUCAGGGCGAGGGCAGGGUCUGAUGAUUGGGAGCAGACUUGGGAGAGGGUAGCGAAUGCCCCUGAGGCUAGUGAGACGUUUGUGUUGUCUCAGAAUGAUGUGAAUGAGGCUGCUAAGGCGGUUUGCGAGCAUCUAGGGUUGCCAAAAGCCGCCAUUGUGGGGGAUGCGGUUAAAGAAAUUAGGGGUGGUGGUAUCUUCAGGGGCGGAGCGCCCGUGCUCGUUAGGGCUCGUCUCGCGGCCGCUGGCAACGCCGUCACCAUGAAAUUAGUCUCCAGGUCCCCUCGAGAAGAUAUCGCCCAACUCCUCCUAGCUGCUAUUGAGUAAUAAUCCAAAAUAGACUUUAAAAUUCCAUUCUUAAGGUUCAAUUUCAUAGAUGUUGCUUGGUAUCCUAUAGCUGUCUUUAUCGCACUGCGUAUGUUUGAAAGAGACAAAUAUAUUAUUAAGCAAUAUCUGUUUAUCUUAGUCUUAAGCCAGUCUCACUAAUAUACUUUGUAUGAAGCUUAUGGCCCAGCGCACCGACGGAGGCGUGGCUAAGAUAAUGAGAAUAAAUCAAUUUAAAAUAAA